AUGUCCAAGCAAGUUCUUCUUCUCGGAUCCGGUUUUGUCGCCAAGCCAACCGUCGACAUCCUCUCUCAAACGCCCGGCGUCAACGUCACCGUCGCUUGCAGAACCUUGUCAAAAGCCAAGGAAUUGGCUGGUCUGGUUGCCGAUGCCAUUUCUCUCGAUGUCAAUGACGAGAAGGCAUUGGAUGAGGCUGUCUCCAAGGUGGACUUGGUCAUCUCCUUGAUUCCAUACACCUACCACGUAUUGGUGGUCAAGGCUGCAAUCAAGAACAAGAAACACGUUGUGACCACCUCGUACAUCAACCCUAAGUUGCAAGAGUUGGAGCAACAAAUCUUGGAUGCUGGCAUCACCGUCAUGAACGAGAUUGGUUUGGACCCAGGUAUCGACCACUUGUACGCUGUCAAGACAUUCGAGGAGGUGCAUGCCGCCGGCGGUAAGAUCAAGUCGUUCUUGUCGUACUGUGGUGGUUUGCCAGCCCCCGAGAACUCCGACAACCCCUUGGGCUACAAGUUCUCGUGGUCCUCGAGAGGUGUGUUGUUGGCCUUGACCAACUCUGCCUCCUACUGGAAGGACGGCGAGGUGGAGAACGUCAAGUCCGAGGACUUGAUGGCCACCGCCAAGCCAUACUUCAUCUACCCAGGUUUUGCUUUCGUUGCCUACCCUAACAGAGACUCCACCACCUACAAGAAGUUGUACAACAUUCCUGAGGCCGAGACUGUUGUCAGAGGUACCUUGAGAUUCCAGGGAUUCCCAGAAUUCAUCAAGGUCUUGGUUGACUUGGGCUUCUUGAAGGAUGCUGAGCAUCCAGCUUUCAAGACCGCCACUGCCUGGAAGGACGCUUUCGCCCAAUUGAUUGGCGCUGCCUCCAGCUCUGAGGAAGACCUCGUGGCCAAGAUUGACCAAUUGGCUUCCUUCAAGGACGCUGCCGACAGAGAGAGAAUUCUUUCUGGUUUCAAGUGGUUGGGCUUGUUCUCUGAGACCAAGACCACCCCAAGAGGUAACCCAUUGGACACCUUGUGUGCCACUUUGGAGGAGUUGAUGCAAUACGAGGAGGGCGAGAGAGACUUGGUCUGCUUGCAACACAAGUUCGGCAUCGAGUGGGCUGAUGGUUCCAAGGAGACCAGAACCUCCACUUUGGUCGACUACGGUGACCCUAAGGGCUACUCUUCCAUGGCCAAGUUGGUCGGUGUUCCAUGUGCCGUUGCUACCCAGCAAAUCUUGGAUGGUACCUUGUCCAAGAAGGGUUUGUUGGCUCCAAUGUCUUCUGAGAUCAACGAUCCUAUCAUGAAGACCUUGAAGGAGAAGUACGGUAUUUUCUUGGUGGAGAAGACCAUCUAA